AUGCUGACUUUUCGGCUCAGUCCACCCACCGAAAUCCUUGCGUCCUCAUCUUAUGAGCUGGAUUCGGUCAGCUUAAACCCUUUGGAGCGCAGCCAAAUCCGAGAACCCGUUGGGUCAAUAAUGGCGCCUGACGACAGAAAACCAGGUAGCAGCCAACCUCAACGCAACGAGAGACGAGUCAGGCCUUUUUUGGGAGAGUAUGCUAAAGGAAAGUCAAGCAAAAGGAAAUAUGUACCAGACGGAAAAGAAAUUAGCAAUGAUAGUAUAGAAGGUGAAAAAGGGAAUCUGAAUGCUUUAAACCUUCGAAGUUGGGAUCAUAAAGAAAAAAGGCAAUUAGGAACUGCACGACGGGAGUCAACUAACGCAAGUGGGCCAAAAGGACUUCGGAACCGAAGCGAACGAAUAAAGCUGGUUGGCGUGGAUGUCUGGCCGCUUAGCCGAACUUCGGAAUCCCUCAAGUUGACCUCAAGCGCCUCGAGAAAGAGUUUUUUUCUUAACCAUUUAACGACUUCAGCAAUCAUACGAGGGGUCAGACGGGAAGAGAGGCUGCUACGAAAGGCCGCUGCUUCUUCCGAAACGGAAAUGUCUGCGAGGGUCAUUCAGGGUGGUUCCGAAGCAAAUGAAAUUGAAAAUAUGGAGAAUCAAGAAAAAGCAGAGGAGGAAAGGAUGGAAUCGGUGAAGAAUCGGAUCAUUCAGACCUCGGCACCUUCUAAUUCAAAGAAAAGACCAUUACAACCAAAUAGAAAACAUCGUGUCUGCUUGAUACGCAUCGGUCAACAAAACCCGGGCAAGUAA